ACUGGAAAAGUCCAGUAAAUUGCCUCCCACACCACAGUAAAGUAACUCAGUAGCUGCUGUUGCAUUCUAUUGCAUUUGUGCAUUUUACGAACAUAUGAUGCUGAAAAAUAGAAUAUGUAAAUACUAGUUCCUUGUCAUAACAGGCAUUAGAGCAGCAAAACUAAAAAUGACAUUGCAUACUUCAGAUGUCAGUUGAUCCAUAUUAACAAGAUGAUUAAAUUAAUAGUGGGGGAAGUAAUGAUAAAUGUAAACUGAACUAACUAUAUAUGUUAAGAUUACUGUAUUUUGUACUAUACAUACAUUUUUUAAAUCUACAUUUUAUUUACCCCAGGGUGAAAAUCCCUUUAUAUAAUUCCAGUGACUGAGUAAGGCUAAAAAUGAGAGACUCAUGUAACAUGAUGAAAACGAUCAAGGGGCUUUCCUGGAAGUUGGAAGAAUCAGCCCAAGAUAAAGAGCAAUGAAUGAUAUUGGAGAUUACAUAGGCUCCAACAUAGAAAUAUCCUGGUUACCUAAUCUGGAUGAUUUAAUGAAAGGAUAUGCACGGAUUUUCAGGCCUGGAAUUGGAGGCCCUCCUGUUAAUGUUGCCCUAGCGAUUGAAGUAGCCAGCAUUGACCACAUCUCAGAAGUUAACAUGGAAUACACCAUGACAGUAUUUUUGCAUCAGAGCUGGCGAGACGACCGCCUGUCUUACAACCACACCAACGAAACUCUGGGUUUGGACAGUCGGUUUGUGGACAAGCUCUGGUUACCAGAUACAUUCAUAGUAAAUGCCAAGUCUGCUUGGUUCCACGAUGUGACUGUGGAAAACAAACUUAUUAGGCUACAGCCUGACGGAGUCAUUUUAUAUAGCAUCAGGAUUACCUCAACCGUGGCCUGUGACAUGGACCUCACUAAGUAUCCCAUGGAUGAACAAGAGUGCAUGCUGGAUCUAGAGAGCUAUGGCUACUCUUCAGAGGAUAUCGUGUACCACUGGUCAGGAAACCAAGAGGAGAUCCAUGGGCUGGAUAAGCUGCAGCUUGCUCAGUUCACAAUCACAAAUUACCGCUUCAUGACAGAAAUGAUGAACUUCAAAUCUGCGGGUCAGUUUCCCAGGCUCAGUCUGCACUUCCACCUGCGGCGGAAUCGAGGCGUUUAUAUCAUUCAGUCUUACAUGCCUUCCAUCUUACUGGUGGCCAUGUCUUGGGUGUCCUUCUGGAUCAGCCAAUCAGCUGUGCCCGCGAGGGUGUCACUAGGGAUAACCACCGUUCUGACUAUGACCACGUUGAUGGUCAGUGCCCGGUCUUCACUCCCACGAGCCUCUGCCAUCAAGGCGCUGGAUGUUUACUUCUGGAUUUGCUACGUAUUUGUCUUUGCUGCACUGGUGGAAUAUGCAUUUGCACAUUUCAAUGCCGACUACAUGAAAAAGCAAAAAGCCAAGCUGAAGGCGAGCAGACAGAGUGGAGAGGUCAAUGUGAAGAACGCCAUUGUUUUGUUUUCCCUUUCUGUUGCUGGCGUGAACCAGGAGCUGGCCAUUUCUAACCGGCAGCACCGAGCUCCCAAAAGUCUACCUGGAUCAUAUGGCUCUGUGGCAGUUGAAACUGGAGAGACAAAGAAGCAUCAAGAAUCUAAUCAAGAGAAAAAGCGUGGCUUGAAGUCCCUCUUUAAGCCCAUUGAUGCAGACACCAUCGAUAUUUAUGCCAGGGCAGUGUUUCCAGCAGCCUUUGCAGCAGUCAAUGUUAUCUACUGGGUUGCUUAUACAAUGUAAGAACAAAUAUGCUCCCAAGAGGUAAACUAUGGGCCAGGAUUAUGCUCAAACGGUACAGAGUAACUGGAGAAACUGCAUUGGUCCAUUUCCCAUCAAAGUGCUUUCCAAUGUGCUGAAGAUAUUUUUCAGAUGUAGAGUAACAUUUUUGAUUGAUGCCUUCAAUCAACUCCAGCUAAUACUGAGAGAGGCAGAAAUUGGCCAUUUCCAGUUUCACUUGAUAUAUUUGUUAUUACUGAACUCUGCCAAACAAUUCAAGGAUCCUUUGUUCCACUUCUCAUCUUGAAACAAUGUGUCACGUGUACAUAUCUUCGGUGAAGUUGCCACCACCAAAUCCUAAAACACAGUUUGGUAUUUUCCUUUUUCCAAGGUCAGCAGAUAAUGAGGCUCUGAUUUUCCCCACACUCUUACUAUCUCCUUUCUUACAGUACAGCUAACCUCAUGUUUUCAAGUGGGAAUGACUUUUCUGCAUCAUGCCAGUUGUGGGACAGUUUGAGUUUAACAGGGCAAGGAAAAUGGCAUGAUUUCUACAUGUGAAGACCAUGGAAUUGGCAUAUGUGGAGCACAGCAAGGCAGAGGGUUUUUCUUUAAUUAUUAUUUGUCUUGGAUAAAGUAUUUAAACCACUUUUGAGUCUCUUCUUUAGUCACAGCAUGAAAUAAAACAUAUUGUA